CCGGCUCCCUGUACCCGGCUGCCGCCGCUGGGGGGAGGCCCAGCCCGCCCCACGUGUGCGCAGCCGGCAGGGGACGGAUGACCAUGUGUUUUCGCCAGUGUGGCAGCGGGAGCCUCCCGGAGCUACCGGCGCGCCGAGGCAGUGUUUGAGCCCCGGAUCCCGCCGCGCCGCUGACACACCAGCUCCCCCUUCCCGGCUGCUAUGCUGUGGGAUAACGCGGACGCCCCGGGAAACUCCAGCCCUCCCCGCCUUGGUCCCGUUCUCCUCCUCCAUGAGCACUUCUGCGGCAGCCCCGGUGAGGGUGAUGCCCGCCGGGCACCCUGAGCAGGCAGUGGCGGCUCCUGCAGCGAGCGGGGCCGAUGGGGCUCAGCCGGCACCUGCGCUCCUCUGCUCUCAGAGCACGGUGCCCCCUGCUUCUGUCUCCGCCGCUGGCGCUCCCGCGGGGGCCCAAACAAUUGCCUUGAGCCACGCAGUGACUAAGGUUCCCAUCAGCCUGGUGCCUGCCGUUACCCAGCAGUCACGAGUGGUGACUGCCCCCGUGGGGACUCUGGUGGCUAAAGUGGCCACUGUCACCGCUGCCCAGCAGCCACCCAAGAACUCUAGUGGGCCUAGGCUGGCUGCUCCACAAACCGUGGCUCCCAAAGCCCCCCAGACCACUACAAUACAACUGCCUGCAAACUUCCAGAUCCCACCAGGUACAGUUCUCAUCAGAAGUAACAAUGGUCAACUAAUGUUAGUAUCUCAACAAGCAAUAGCUCGAGCACAGAGUCAGACACAAAAUAACACAGGUGCAAGACCAUCAAUACCUACCAGCACACCUUCGGUCAGAAUAUGUACUGUACAGAACACUGGCACCCAUUUACUAAAAAAAGUAGUAGCAACUCCUGUGAAAACAGUAACUCAAGCAACAAAUUCAGUUGUAUCUGCUGAUCAAAGACCUGCUAUAGUACAGCCAGCAGGUGCAACUAACAGUGUUAAGACAGUUACUGCUGUAAAACCUCCAGGUACUGGAACACCUGUAAAGCUUCCAGUUACAGGACCUGCUGCACAGUCUGUCUCCCAAAAGGCAAUCUCUGUCAAAGCAGAGGGCACAACAGUAGCACAUCCCAACACUUCCACGGAAAUGCUAGAGAAUGUGAAGAAAUGCAAGAAUUUUCUUGCAACAUUAAUAAAGCUGGCAUCUAGUGGACCUCAAGCCCCAGAAAUGGGACAGAAUGUGAAGAAUCUGGUGCAACAUCUAUUGGAAGCAAAAAUUGAACCAGAAGAAUUUACAAAAAAGUUGUAUGUUGAACUCAAGUCUUCACCGCAACCAUAUCUAGUUCCUUUCCUCAAGAAAAGUAUGCUUGCCUUACGGCAGUUAAUGCCCAAUGCCCAGAGUUUUAUCCAGCAGUGUAUUCAGCAGCAGGCUGCAACCCAAGCAGCUGUUUCUACCUGUAUCUCUGCGGCACCAACUUCCUCCACAGUCAUGACCACCUCAGCUCUGGCAACAACCUCUCUUCAGCCCAUAAAACCAGUCCCUUCUCCUGCAGUGGUCACAGCCUCUCAAACUGUAAAACCAGUCUCCUCCUCAACAGUGACAGCAGCAGCCUCCCUCCACACUGUGAAACCAGUAACAGCCCCUCUUCAACCUGCAAAUCCCGUCCCCACGUCUGCAGUGGCAACAACCUCUUUCCAGGCUGUUAAACCAAUCUUUGCGUCUGCAGUGGUGACCACAAAGACAACCCCUCUUCAGCCUAUGAAAUCAAUCAUUGGGACACCGAUCAGUAUUAAAAUUACACAGCCCAACUCUAUUGUGGCACAGUCCGUCCAUGCUCAACAGGCAGUUAGAGUGAAACAGCUGGUAGUCCAGCAGCCAUCAGGAGGCAUUGUUAAACAAGUGGCCACGCUUCCACAAACAGCAACACUGACUCUCCAGAAACCUGGCGAAAAAAGGAUGCCAUUGAACGCACUAAUUCAGACUAACCAGUUUCCUGCAGGUUCCUUCCUGAAACAAAUUACACUGCCAGGAAACAAAAUUCUGUCAUUUCAAGCAUCUCCUGUUCAGAAAAAUAAAAUAAAAGAGAAUGGAACAACAGCCUUCAGAGAUGAAGAUGACAUCAAUGAUGUGACUUCUAUGGCUGGGGUCAACCUAAGUGAAGAGAAUGCAUGCAUCUUGGCAACAAAUUCUGAAGUGGUUGGUACACUGAUCCGAUCUUGUGCAGAUGAACCAUUUCUCUCUCCAGAGGCUUUGCAAAAGAAGAUCUUAGACAUAGGUAAAAGGCAUGACAUUAUGGAACCUAACUCUGAUGUUGUGAACUUGAUCUCCCAUGCUACACAGGAGAGAUUACGAGGGCUCCUAGAAAAACUGACUGUAAUUGCUCAGCAUCGAAUGACAACCUAUAAGGAGAGUAAUAAGUAUAUCCUAUCUAGUGACACCAGAGCACAACUUAAAUUUCUUGAGAAGCUGGAUCACAUGGAAAAACAGAGAAAGGAUGAAGAGGAACGAGAAAUGCUUUUACGAGCAGCCAAGAGUCGUUCCAAUAAAGAAGAUCCAGAACAGCUGCGAUUAAAGCAGAAGCGAAAGAGAUGCAACAGUUGGAGCUGGCACAGAUGCAGCAAAGAGAAGCCAAUCUCACAGCUUUGGCAGCAAUUGGGCCAAGAAAAAAGAGACCACUGGAUUCACCAAACCCUGGAUCUGGGCUUGAGGGCUUGAAUGGCAGUGCAGUUGCUUCUGGAUCACCUGGUUUUAGUCUUACAAAACAGUUUCGUCCAAGAAUAACACGUGUCUGUCUCA